UGGGAGUUGUAGUUUUGCAACAUCUGGAGGUCCGGGUAUGUUGGGAGUUGUAGUUCUGCACCAUCUGGAGGUACAGGCAUGCUGGGAGUUGUAGUUCUGCACCAUCUGGAGGUACAGGCAUGCUGGGAGUUGCAGUUCUGCACCAUCUGGAGGUCCAGGCAUGCUGGGAGUUGUAGUUCUGCACCAUCUGGAGGUCCACAGUUAGAAUACCAUUGCUGUAUACACAUUGCAACGUGAUCUGGUCUUUUCAUGUCAUACACAUGAGCUGCGGUUUUGGACGGUACCGCAUGUAGUGUGCACAAGUCUCUAGACCCCGCCCCGUCAGACUGGGGGUCACAUGACGCGCCUUUAUUUUUAACAAAAAUAAUAAAUAAGGAUAGCCAUGUAAGGAAACCGGAAGUGGCGCCAUCUUUCUCCUCCCAGACGCUCCGUGGCCUCUUGUCACCCGCCCGCCGCCAUCUUGCCGCACCCUUCCUCCCGAGGUCACAUCAGGUCAUUUCGCAUCUACACGUCCCAUCUUUGUACACCCACCGGGCUCAGGCCUCUCAGACGUCCCUCCGGCUGCUGUCGGUCUCCUCCCUGUUCUCUCCGCCCGGUAAUCUCCGUUUUCUCCCGUAUUAUCUGAUCACAUUGAUGAUCCGAGCGGCGGCUACGCCCUCUGGAGGAAGAGCCUCGCCUGGGGCGCACCAAGAUGGCGGCACUUCCGCUUCCUCAGCAGUCUGGGGCCGCGGGGGCCGCUGGGAGAGCUGGUGGUAGCGGGUCCGGUGCGGGGUGACCGCAGGAGACCCCGGAAACUGCGUCACUGGCGGCGGCGCCUCAUUAAUAUGCGGAGAGAUUAACAUAAGGAGAGAGGACGGCGGAGAGCGGAGCCGGGAGAGACCGAGACGGUGCGGCCCGGAGGGAUGGGGGACAGCCGGGUUUGCCAAAGUCCAGACACGUCCUCGCUGAGCCCACCUCUAGGACGCCCCUUGAACGACACCCCACCCCCCAGCGCUCCCCUACACCCUUCCAUGAUCGGAUCCGCCAUGACCUCCUCGGUGAACUCUCCUCUGGGAAGUCUCGGAUCCCCAUUUCCUGUUAUUAACUGCGCUGUUGGCUCCCCGGGGGUCCCCGGUACCCCGUCUAUAGGGUACGGACCCGUCAGCAGCCCCCAGAUAAAUUCUACCGUUAACCUGUCCGGCCUGCAUUCUGUGAGCUCGUCUGAAGACGUGAAGCCUCCCCUGGGCAUGAGAGUGAUGGGCGUCCAUCCCAACGGAGGAGGAACAAGUGGGAAGAGACUGUGCGCCAUCUGCGGAGACCGCUCCUCCGGAAAACACUAUGGGGUGUACAGCUGCGAGGGCUGCAAGGGCUUCUUCAAACGCACCAUCCGCAAGGACCUGACCUACACCUGCAGAGACAACAAGGACUGUAUAGUGGACAAGAGGCAGAGGAACCGCUGCCAGUACUGCCGCUACCAGAAGUGUCUGGCCACGGGCAUGAAGAGGGAGGGUAAGGGUGCGCUCGCUGCAGCGGUGCAGGAAGAGCGCCAGCGAGGCCGGGAGCGUGACGGAGAGGCGGAAUAUAGCGGUGGAAUAAAUGAGGAGAUGCCGGUAGAGAAAAUCCUAGAGGCUGAGCUAGCGGUGGAACAGAAGAGUGACCAGAGCCUCGAAGGGGGUGGAUCUCCCAGCGAUCCGGUGACUAACAUCUGUCAAGCUGCUGAUAAACAACUUUUUACUCUUGUCGAAUGGGCCAAGAGGAUCCCGCACUUCUCUGAGCUGCUAUUGGACGAUCAGGUUAUCCUGCUUAGAGCCGGAUGGAACGAGCUCCUCAUCGCCUCUUUCUCCCACCGCUCCAUUUCUGUGAAGGACGGCAUCUUGCUCGCCACGGGACUACACGUCCACCGUAACAGCGCGCACAGUGCCGGCGUGGGAGCCAUAUUCGAUAGAGUUCUCACCGAACUUGUGUCUAAGAUGAGAGACAUGCGCAUGGAUAAGACUGAGCUGGGCUGUCUGCGAGCCAUCAUACUGUUUAAUCCAGAUGCCAAAGGACUGUCCAACCCGGGAGAUGUGGAGGUUCUCCGAGAGAAGGUCUAUGCAUCUUUGGAAUCUUACUGCAAACAGAAGUAUCCAGACCAGCAAGGAAGGUUUGCGAAACUUCUCCUGCGUCUCCCGGCCCUGCGCUCCAUCGGACUCAAGUGUCUUGAACACCUCUUCUUUUUCAAGCUGAUUGGAGACACCCCGAUAGACACCUUCUUGAUGGAGAUGCUGGAGGCCCCCCACCAGCUGUCUUGAGACUGUUGACUGUAGCUACAAUCUCGCUGCUCCAUCCCAAGAGACAGCUAGUAAUACAUACUCUAAUAGAUCGCUUCCAACUGGAGAUGUUAUAGGCAACUCAGAGGCCAUCACGAGAGACUGCCCGAACUGGUCACAGACCGCUGCUCACCCUCCCCCUCCCCGGUGACAGUCCUUGGCUCUUCUCUCUUAUAGACGGCAUCUAGAUCGGAAGGAUUGGACAAAACGUGAUGUUAUCUGUAGGGAAUAUCCAAUAUAGACUUCACCUUCCAGCUUUACCCUUAGGAGGUACAGGUACCUCCAGAAAAGUGAUCUACAAACCCACUGACUGCUGCUCAGAGGCUUCCACUAACCAUGAAGACACGAGCUCCACGUAUGAACUUGUCUACAGGAUUUUCGAGACACUCCUAUGCAAUAUCCUUGAUUAUACGCCCGAUUUGCUAACUAUGCUAAGAAUGGAUGUCUCCAAAGAGAGAGGGGACCCCUCCACCCCGACCUAUGCUGAGCUCUUCUGAGAGACAUGAACUCUAUGACGGAGGCCAAUGCCAAGUAGCGGCCAUCUUUAUUCCUCACCCAUUGAGCUGGAAACAGACUGCUAAGUGAGGAACAGACUUUUACAUUUUUGGAAUGGAUGAUGGGAGUUGCGUUGGGGUUCGGGGUUCUCUCUACCACGUCCUGUUCCAUCAGAGGACGAAUCUCCCCUCCCGGGUUGCUGAUCAUUACUUUUUUUUAGGUGCCCUAUCCGAUAACUGCACUUGUUAGGUAGACGGGCAUCUACUCGGGUGGAGGGGACCGCUCUUGUUUCCUGGUAUCAAUAACUCUUUUUGGGGUGGGGGUGGGUGGGGGUUCAUGACUGCUCUGCUUUUAUUUUCUCGGGGUGCCUGGAGGAGAACAAGAUGGUCUCGGCACCAUCACCUUUUUUCUUUUCUUCUGGUGAUAGAUCCAUGGAUUUCAAUUGCCCCGCUCGGUUUUAACCCGUUCUUGUACGAUCAAUGAUUUUAUUUGGAAGGAAGAUUUAUAUUGCACAUGAUUUUAAGACUGUAAUGAAGGGGGGUUGAGAAAAAGACCCAUCUCCAGAAUUUCUUUUUUUUUUUUUUUUUAUUAUUAUUACUAUGUAUCCAGUUUGUUUGGUUACAAUUAUUACCAAGUGGGAUUUGGGGUUCUACAUUUAUUCCCUUUUUCUCUAAUAAUCUGGACUGGAUGAUAAGGGGGGUGAAUUUUGGAGUUGGCACCACAAGGGUUAACCUCUGGUGUCUGGUUUUACUUUGUGGUGUGGCCCCACCCCACCCUUGCUCUACUUUCUUUUAUGAACUUUUUUGCUGCUAGACCUCGCCUGUCGAUGUUUCUCUCCCCUUCCCCAUAAUCCUUCCGUUUCCUUUUUCAUCUCUGUCUUCACUCACUGAUUUGAAGGGGUACUCCACUGGCCAGCGUGGGACUAAAGGUUCCGAACGCUGUUUUCGCGCUGCGGGGGGUCGACAACGCCCUCCUAGUGACAUCAUGGUCACGC